GCAGCGUCCCCUCAGGCUGCUUUCAAAUCCUAACUUCCCCGGGGUGGAGUUGGAGGAGGGACGCGGAGGGGGAGGGAAUGGCCCCGGCGCGGCGGCGUGCUGCGCUCUAAAAACAGUUGAUCCUGCUGUCCCCUUUGCUUUUCCCGCCAGAGGCAGGCCGUUUCCUGCACCCAGCACCUAAUCAGCCGGGGUCGGUGCACCCCGCGGGGACGGCGCGGGCUCGGAGCGUGGCCCAUGUCCGGCUCGAGUGAAGCCCUCGCUCCCGGGCCCGCAGGGCAGCAGUGCCCGGCUGAGGCGGGCGGAGCCCGGCUGGGCUCCCCGGCCCAUGAAGCAUGUAAUGAGGACAAUACUGAGAAAGAUAAAAGGCCAGCUACCAGUGGUCACACCAGGUGUAGGCUGAUGCGGGACCAGUCCAUUUGGCAAAAUCCUUCAGCUGGUGAGCUCGUCAGAACCCAACCUGAGCGUCUGUCUCAACUCCAGACAUCAGCACAGGAACCUAACAAGGAGGAAACAGGCAAGAUAAAGAAUGGCGGCCACACAAGUAUGAGCAAUGGGAAUGGAAUUCCUCAUGGAGCCAAACAUGUGUCCCUGGAUAAUCACAAAAUGUCAGCUCCCGUUUCUCAGAAGAUGCACAGAAAAAUCCAGUCGAGCUUGUCUGUAAACAAUGACAUCAGUAAGAAGAGCAAAGUAAAUGCUGUCUUUUCCCAAAAAUCAGCUUCCUCACCUGAAGACUGUUGUGUCCACUGUAUCCUGGCAUGCCUGUUCUGUGAAUUCCUGACCCUCUGCAACAUUGUCCUGGGACAAGCUUCCUGUGGCAUCUGCACCUCCGAAGCCUGCUGCUGUUGCUGUGGUGAUGAGAUGGGCGAUGACUGUAGCUGCCCCUGUGACAUGGACUGCGGCAUCAUGGAUGCCUGUUGUGAAUCCUCAGACUGUUUAGAAAUCUGCAUGGAAUGCUGUGGCAUUUGUUUUCCUUCAUAAAAGAUUUAUCUCUUGUUUGUACUAAAACUGGAGACAACUUUACAAUAUUUCUUGUAGGGGAAAGAAAAGCGCAUGGUAAGACUCCCAUGAAACAACUCAGUAUUUGCACUGUUUAACCCAUUCCUUUUAAGUACGCUCUGAAAUUCUUCCUCUUUCACCAGAUGUAUGUGGUUUAAUAUGUGAAGUUUUAACUGUCUAACUGGUUUUUGAAGCUUCUUCGUAGAUGAUAAUAAUUGGGAGACAUUUUGACACACACAGCCUAAAAUGUUAAAUGUCUUCUUUCUCUUGACAUGUCUGUUUUCCCUAACCAUUCUGAGCAGCUUUUUGCUCUAAACACAACAUUGCUCAGUGUGUAUUUAAACCAGAUCACUUUGAUGUUUAUCUAUUAGAGGUUAAAAGCAAACAUUUCUUUUAUUAUUAUUAUUAUUAUUCUAAGUAAGCACAAACAUUGGGCAGAGCCAGCCGUAAACAGAUGUGGGACUCUCCCUCCGUGUUGGUCUCCUCUGGGCUUUUCACCUCUCUUGUUCUGCCAGGAGUGCACUGAGGAAGAUCACAUUGCUCUCAUCUGGAGCAGCAGGGAGUGUAGUGGAGGUGAGCAGGAUGGGAGCUGCAAAGAAUGAAACAGGUUGCAAGGUAUGCUGGCUUCAGGACUGUAAAGGCAAGAGGCCAUAGGAACAUACAGAAGUGAAUAACAGGUUAUGGAGGAAGGCCUGGAGGAGGAUGUGGCACUGUGGAUGCUCUAGGACGAGCUACUUAAAUUUAGGAAAAAAGUUGAAGGUGCACGGCCUGGACUGUCUGUGUUCUGAACAAGUGGAAAGGAUUUGCCUUGUACAUUGCAGCAACACAGCUUUCUUAGAACUGUAAAAUCUGAACUAAUGCAAAUACGAACUUUCCUACAUAUAAUUUAAGUGUUAUAAAUUUUAAUGAAAACAUAAUACCUUGUUAACAUAACUAUAUUUUACCAAAAAAUGUAGAACACUUUUUAACAACGUUCAUUUAAAUGAGCUUUUUUUUUCCUUUUUCUUUUUUUUUUUUUUUUUAAGAUUAAAAAAAAAAAAAAUCCCAGUAUUCCUUGUGGUUUUUCCAAAGCUGGCUUAUAUUUGGAAAGACUCAGUUCUUUAUCAUGCAGGGGUGGUGGUGGUGGGGUCUAUUUAUUUUCAUUGGCUUGUAGUCCUAGCCAUGUUGUAUUUCAUAAGUAGGUGAGUUUUGGAUCCACUACAGGAGUACCUCAGAUGUCCAACACCAUCACCAGAUAUCAGGAUUCCAACUGUGUGUGACAUUAUGCCAAGUAACAUGUUAUAAAGAUACUAAAGCAGGAAGAAGUGAGGCUGUGAUGAGACUAAUUCUACAGUGAUGGAGUCAGCUCAUGUGGAAGGGAGAGUUCGGAUUCACACACACCCUCCUGUGGGGUUGUCCUUUUCUCUCCAGAUUUAAAACCUGGGUCAACAGCACAAGGGAAGGCCUGGGUCAA